GAAUUAGUCGAAAAUAAAAUUAGCAAUAAGUAAAUGAUGAAAGCUUGAUUUUUAUCAUUUAUGAUAUGUUUACAGCAAUGUUCGGUUGAUGACAAUGAAUAAUAUAUGGAAAGACAUCACUAAUUUAGCAAAAACUGUAUAUAAUCAACUGCCACAAUUGCCGGCGACAAAGGAAGUAGAAACAAUCAUUAUCAAGGAAAUCGAAAUGUCACGUCCGUAUUUUUUCGUCAGAAUAGCUGGGCUGUCUGGUGCGAUUGCUGUUGCCAUGUCGGCAUACGGUGCCCAUGCGUUCCGGACUAGCGAUGCGGAUGAAGCUCUGAAAGAGACGUUUAACGUAGGAAACAAACAGCAUUUGAUUCACUCUGUGGCUCUGCUGGGAUCCUGCCUUGCUCGACGUCCAAUGUUGGUGGGCACCAUGAUGACGGCGGGGAUGAUAAUGUUCAGCGGUAGCUGCUACUACCACGCCCUGACCGGGGACACGCGGAUUCGCUGGAUCACGCCGUACGGAGGAACCAUGCUAAUUUUUGCCUGGGUUGCCAUGAUCUUUUGAGCAGCGUUCUAAAAGAGGUUUUUUAUAGACUGAACUGACUGGGGGUUUUACAGACCAAUAUUUUGAGCAGUGUUCUCAGAUUUUUUUUAUACACUGGUCUGAUGUUUUGAGAAUUGUUCUCAUUGGGGAGGGGGGUUUAUAGACCGAUAUUUUGACCAGUGUUCUCAGAGGGUUUUUUGUAGACUGGUCUGAUGUUUUCAGCAGUGUUCUCAGAUUUUUUUAAUAGACUGGUCUGAUGUUUUGAGAAUUGUUCUCAUGAGGUUUUUUUAAUAGACCAAUAUUUUGACCAGUGUUAUCAGAGGUUUUUUUUAUAGACUGGUCUGAUGUUUUGAGCAACGUUCUAGUAUAUUUUUUUUAUAGACUCAACUGAUUUUUGAUCAUUGUUCGCAUAGGGUUUUUUUUAUAGACCGAUAUUUUCAGCAUUGUUGUCAGGUUUCUUUUUUGAUAGACCAUAAACAUCUUAAUUUUGAGGAUUGCUUUGCGCAUCUGAACUUUGUGUGUUAAUCAUGAUAUUGGACAUUUGUAACUGUUUAACAAGGGUGGAUCCGGGAGGAGAACUAGGAAUACACCUCCACCCUCCCCCCUCCCCCUCCUUAAAACAAAUUCCAGUGCUACUUUUAUUUAACAAUUUCUUUUCUCGAAUGCCAUAUUUGAUUGUCGUGCACUUUUUAGUAGUUGGCCUUUUUCCUUUUUCGCCAUUGUCCCCUGUUUAAAAUGUUCUCUGUGUUCGCCCUUGGUUCAUUGACUUGCUGGUCAGGCUUGUGAAAGACGUUAACAUUUAAUGUGGCUGCUACAUCUGGUUGUUUACUUUGUAGACUUCGUAGGAGAAUGUCACGCUAACAGUUUUGCUUCUUUCAUAUUUAUGCAAUAAAACAGUAACAGAAUGA